AUGUCCAGCCAGUCCAGAUCUUUAGACAUCCGCGACUGGCCCUUACAGCAGACGACCCGACAAGGUAGCAUUACUUCAUCACUCAGUUCUCCUUCGGAAACCACCAGUGUACAUUUUGCCAAUCUGAACCUGCCACCUACACCAGCCCUGUCUGGCCGCAGCGAUUAUGGCCGCCUAUCAUCUAACGGACCCGAGAACAGCGUCCACGUUCCCUUGAGCAAGCCUGUCCAUAUCUCUUUCAGCAAAGGCAGCAAGCUGUUCAAGUUGAAGUAUUCGCAGAUUCAGCUGCGGAGGGACGGUGCAGGACAUCUGAAGCAGAUUGAACUGAGCGACCCAGCAGGCCUGCAAAGUGCAUUCAUCCAUUCAUUCCCAGGCACCAAGAUCCCUAUCCCUCAUCUCGAGCAACCUGUCACCUCCAGCACCUCUCAUAUCUCCCGGGUAUCAUUCCUUGAGGAACAGAAUGUACAGACGGCACAGACUUUAUUUCAAGCACAGCCCCAGUACACCUUCGAGACAUGGGAAGAUUGCGUCCAUUUCCAAGAAGCUCUGCUCAGCCAGACAGUGGUCUUCACGGCUGGCAUUGCAGAGGCAAAGUCAAAGGGCCGUGGUGAAGAAUGCAUAAGCCAGAAUCUGCGGAUACUGCGAUCUCGGACAGGGAAGCAGACGAUUCUGUUCUUUGCAAAUUCGCAGCGGAAGGAGAAGAAGCGCUAUAUCUCAAUACCGCGUAAGUUCUGA